AUGUCUUUCUUGAAAUCCGUCAACAACUUGAAGCCAUUGUUCGACAGAGUUUUGGUCCAGAGAUUGAAGCCUGCCACUCAGACCACCAGUGGUAUCUACAUCCCUGAGAAGAACCAGGAGAAGUUGAACCAGGGUACUGUCAUCGCUGCUGGCCCAGGUGCUACCGAUGUCAACGGUAAGAUCAUUCCUGUUUCCGUCCAGGCUGGUGACAAGGUUUUGUUGCCAGGCUUCGGUGGUUCUCCAGUCAAGGUUGGUGACGAGGAGUACUUGUUGUACAGCGACAGAGAGAUUUUGGCCAAGAUUGACCAAUAA